UCUAUUAAAAGUAUGUAAUUAAAGUAUUUCUUUAGAAAGCGGCAAAUGUAGAAAUAAAAUUUAGAAAGCGGCAUCAGGGCGGCAAACCAGUACACGACGGCCCUGUUAGCAAUUUGUGUGUGAUUCACGCGGGCGCACAGGGUGGGUGAGACAUUGAAAAUUUCAAUUUUGAUGAAAAACAUGCUUAAGGUUUGGCCGCUAAAGAUUGUUCACAGGCAGAUAGAGGAACAAAAUGUGCAGACGGUCAGAAGUUUUACCGUAAAUGAAGUUUUCGAUACCAAAAACCUACUAAGCGUGAAUUCUGACUAAACAAUGUGUUGGAUGAAGCAAUUUACUACAUUCAUGAAUGAUAAUUAUCCACGUUUUCGGUAUCAGGGACCUAUAAUAAGAAUUUUUCUGCCGAUAAAUCGCUGAUUUUCGCAUCAGCAUAACAUAACGUUCUCUUUACUACGUAUUGAGUAUGCGAGAAAGUAAAAAGAUAUGAAGAAAGGAAUACUCGUUUCUGAAGAACUCCGUUCAUUACGAGCGAAUAUGUCGACUCACAUUACUUUCGCCAAUGGCCUCAAGAUGCCCGCAGUCGGUCUGGGCACUUGGCAGGCUACCGACACCGAGAUGGAAGAAGCAGUCGAUGCGGCUCUGCAAGCCGGAUACCGCCACAUCGACACCGCCACCUUCUACUGCAAUGAAUCGGCCAUCGGCAGAGCUCUGAAAAAAUGGUUCGACGCCGGAAAACUCAAGCGAGAGGAAGUGUUCAUUGUCACGAAGCUCCCAAACGUCGGCAAUCGAGCGGAAUCUGUGGAGAAAUAUCUCAAAAAAUCGUUAGAAGCCUUGCAAGUGUCGUACGUCGAUCUGUAUCUCAUUCAUCACCCUGGAGGUCUGAUAGAAAAAGGUGAUGAGCUGACGCCUUGUGACGACAAAGGGAAAGUUCUCAUUGAUCCAACAACGGAUCAUGUUUCUCUGUGGAAGGCGAUGGAAGCUCAAGUCGAUGCGGGUCGCACGAAAUCCAUUGGAUUAUCCAACUUCAAUGCUCGUCAAGUAAAACGUGUGGUGAAAAACGCACGCAUUCUUCCGGCCAACAAUCAAAUCGAAGUCCACAUUUACUUUCAACAAAAAGAGCUCGUGGCAUUUUGCAGAGCUCUCGACAUCACAGUGUGUGCGUAUGGGCCUCUAGGCUCUCCUGGAUUGAUCCCCUUCAUGAAAAAAGAAGGACUAGAGGUUAACAAGUAA